AUGGAAAAACGUCAUUUUCCGCCUGACACUUGUGUCACAUCCCAUGACCUCUGGAAUUCAAGUAUUGCAUUAACCUUAAAUUCGUGUAGCUCUUCGAGAUCGUCAACCGCACAUCACCUAUCACGGUUGACCGUGUGCGAUAAACCUGCGGGAUACUUGAGUGUACCUGACCACAUAUUCAUCGGACACGAUGUUUCCAGACCGAAGAAAAACAUUUUGCAUUUGGAAAAGAUCCACCCUCGCACCGUGACGAUUGAUAAAUUUGUCAAACGCGUGCUUUCGGUGAUAUUAUCGCGUGGUCAAUCGGUGUUUCUUUCACGGAAAAUUCUUGACAAAGGACCGAAUCCUCACAUUGCGGACUUGCCCAAAUAA